CCUGAAAGCAGACACCGCACUGUCCUUUACCGUUGGACAACAUCUGGUAGCAAUACAACUAACUUGUUCGCCCGGUAGGACUCCCUGAAGGACGUCGUUCGUUCGUACGCAAGUGUUGCCCUUUUGUCGGCAGGAAUAUUUCCCGCCCCUGGGCAUAAAGAAAAUCGGGGGAAAAAUAGAUGCGCACGCAAGCAUUGACGAGCACACGAGGACCGUCGUGUUAUCCUUAUCGUACCUUCAACAUUGGGGAACGGUUCUCACAACACAGCAAUGAAUGAUAUCACUCCUAUAGCAUCCUUACUGCCGUGCUGUUUUGUUGUUUGUUUUGCAAAAGAAAGCUGGGGAAAUCGUCCGUGUGGAGUUGGAAAAGGUGGAGCCAAACCGAAAAAAGGCUUUUUUCCGCUGGUUAUAAAUUUCUACAAAAUGGCGGAAGUACGCAUUGUUCUCUCUCGCUUCCGUGUCCUGCUCACGCACACAACGGCCUGCCAGGAUAGUUGUGAAAGUGAUCCAAAAAUGGAAAUUCAAUCACUGGAACUAGAGCGCGCACUACCGUGAUACGUUAAGCAGGAAAGAGAGCACCAGAUGCCGUUGGGAAAAUAUCUUCACUUUCACGGGCCGUUAUCUUUGUGGACCGCCUUGCCCGUUUGCCGGACUGGAUGUGUUGCCUUAUUGCGUCAAGAACGGUUACGGUAGCGGUAUCGUGUCCUGGUGCUCUCGAAGCACCUAAGUGAAAAUUCGUGACUUAAAUUGUUUUUUUUUUCACACACAAACCAAAUUCGAAAUGUGGUUUACCUCUCAACAGUUCAUUUGAAGAACUUGUUCGUCCUUUAGGAAAAAAAACGGGUGACGUUUUUGGAUAAACUUCACUCGAAAUAUCUUCAUAAAGCUUUUGUGAAAGUGCACACAGCUAGUGUCUCAUAAUCCCUAUAAUCCGUCGGAUAUGCCGAUGCCAUCGGCAAAGGAGCAAACACUGAUGUGGCAGCAAAACUCGUACCUCGGCGAUUCCGGCAUACAUUCGGGCGCCGUGACCCAGGUGCCGUCGCUGAGCGGCAAGGACGACGACAUGGAGGACGAUCCGCUGAUGUUCGACAUGGAUCAAGGGUUCUCGCAAAACUUUACACAGGAUCAGGUCGACGACAUGAACCAGCAGCUGAGCCAGACGCGCUCGCAGCGUGUGCGGGCCGCCAUGUUCCCGGAGACGCUCGAGGAGGGUAUCGAGAUCCCGUCGACACAGUUCGACCCGCAGCAACCGACGGCGGUGCAACGGCUGGCGGAACCGUCCCAGAUGCUGAAGCACGCUGUUGUCAACCUGAUCAACUAUCAGGACGAUGCGGAUCUGGCGACGCGCGCCAUCCCCGAGCUGAUCAAGCUGCUGAACGAUGAGGAUCAGGUGGUGGUAUCGCAGGCCGCCAUGAUGGUGCACCAGCUGUCGAAGAAGGAGGCGUCGCGGCACGCGAUCAUGAACAGCCCGCAGAUGGUGGCCGCCCUCGUCCGUGCGCUCUCCAACUCAAACGACCUCGAGACGACGAAGGGUGCGGUCGGUACGUUGCACAACUUGUCGCACCAUCGGCAGGGUUUGCUGGCCAUCUUCAAGUCCGGUGGCAUACCGGCGCUGGUGAAGCUACUGUCCUCGCCGGUCGAGUCAGUGCUGUUCUACGCGAUCACCACGCUGCACAAUCUGCUGCUGCAUCAGGACGGCAGCAAGAUGGCGGUACGGUUGGCGGGCGGGCUGCAGAAGAUGGUCGCACUGUUGCAGCGCAACAACGUCAAAUUUCUUGCCAUCGUCACGGACUGUCUGCAGAUCCUGGCCUACGGUAACCAGGAGAGCAAGCUGAUCAUACUCGCGUCGACUGGCCCGAGCGAGCUGGUGCGCAUUAUGCGUUCGUACGACUACGAGAAGCUGCUGUGGACAACGUCGCGCGUGCUGAAGGUGUUGUCGGUUUGCUCCAGCAACAAGCCGGCAAUUGUGGAAGCCGGCGGUAUGCAGGCGUUGGCCAUGCAUCUCGGCAAUCCAUCCCAGCGGCUGGUACAGAACUGUCUCUGGACGCUGCGCAAUCUGUCCGAUGCGGCAACCAAGGUGGACGGGCUCGAGACGCUACUGUCCGGUUUGGUGACCGUGCUCGGUUCGUCCGACGUGAAUGUGGUCACGUGUGCCGCCGGCAUUCUCUCCAACCUGACGUGCAACAACCAGCGCAAUAAGGUAACGGUUUGUCAGGUCGGUGGUGUGGAGGCACUCGUCGGCACGAUUAUAAACGCCGGUGACCGGGAGGAGAUCACCGAACCGGCCGUAUGUGCCCUGCGCCAUCUGACCUCCCGUCAUCCGGAGUCGGAAUCGGCCCAGAACGUCGUGCGCAACGGUUACGGACUGCCAGUUAUAGUGAAGCUGCUCAAUCCGCCGUCCCGCUGGCCGCUCAUUAAGGCCGUGAUCGGUUUGAUUCGUAACUUAGCCCUCUGUCCGGCUAAUGCGGCACCGUUGCGCGAACAUGGUGCCAUCCAUCUGUUGGUGCGGCUGCUGUUUAAGGCGUUCCAAGAUACACAACGGCAACGUUCAUCGGUUGCUACCAAUGGAUCGCAGCCACCGGGUGCCUACGCCGACGGCGUACGCAUGGAAGAGAUCGUCGAGGGUACGGUCGGUGCGCUGCACAUUCUCGCAAAGGAGGAAUACAAUCGGCAGGUCAUCCGUUCGCAGAACGUUAUUCCGAUCUUCGUACAGCUGCUCUUCUACAACGACAUCGAAAACAUUCAGCGUGUUGCUGCUGGCGUACUGUGCGAACUAGCCGUCGACAAAGAGGUGGCUGAGAUGAUCGAGGCGGAAGGAGCCACCGCACCGCUAACCGAGCUGCUCAACUCGGCCAACGAGGGUGUCGCCACGUACGCUGCCGCCGUACUCUUCAAGAUGAGCGAGGACAAGUCAAUGGAUUACAAGAAGCGCUUCUCUAGCGAGCUGACCACCCUGCCUGUGUUCCGCGACGAUAGCAUGUGGAACAACGGCGAGCUCGGUAUCGGACCGGACUUGCAGGACAUCCUGUCCCCCGAGCAAGCUUACGAGGGUCUGUAUGGACAAGGGCCUGCGAGUGUGCACAGCUCGCACGGUGGUCGUGCAUUCCAGCAAGGAUACGACACCCUUCCAAUAGACUCCAUGCAAGGGCUGGAGAUUGGCGGUGGAGGUGGAAGCAGCGUUAGCAACGGUGGACCGGCUGGCAACGGUAUGGGCGGCCAGCAGCAGCAAUCGGUCAGCGGUGGCGGACCCGGUUCGGUGGUAAUGGGUGGCGGCGCCAGCGGCAUGUCAUCAUCCGGCCAGCCGACCUCACCGUACGGCAUGGACAUGGAUGUCGGUGAAAUGGACGCGAGCGAACUGACGUUCGACCAUCUGGACGUGAUGCCGUCGCCGCCCCAGGAUAACAACCAGGUCGCCGCCUGGUACGACACCGAUCUCUAAGACGUGUCACUGUGCGCGUUCGGUUUGUCCGUGUGUGUGUGUGACAGUGGGAAUCAUAACGAAUAACGAACCUAACGCACCAACAGCAUGACACACACCUACACACCUCGGUAGCUCAUGAGCUUGCACAUGUUAUGCACGGGCCGCUCAUGGUGAAUGGUAUCUUCCUACCCACGUAUGCCAGGCAUUCGGUGCAGAACGAGCCUUGACAAAGGGUUUGGCAACUUUUUUACAUUUUAUUUUACAAUUUCUUUAUCGAAUAUAAGCACAUACCCUCCCCCAGCCCGCCCCCCUCCUACGGCUAACGUUACGAAAAGAAUUUUACGAACAUAUUUUAUAUAUCUGUUUUUCAUUUACGAUUUUACAUAUUAUAACUUAGUUACAAAAAGGGCUAAUGUAGACAUCAAUAUAUCUCUAUGUGCUCUUCAUAGUUCGCAAUUAUCAUAUCGGAACCUUUAUGUGAGAGGUUUGGUAGCUUAAAUGCCUUGAAAAAAAAACCCUUCUAUUGCAUGGAAAAUCAUUUCAAACGAACUAGCACAGGCACGAAACGAAACGAACUGUCUGGACGAAAUUUUGCAAUUGAGUAUUCUAGGCAAUAAUAUUGUAGGGCUCAACACAGAACUCAAAAAAAAGCAUAACUCUUCUGCCCUUGUGGCAUUUCUUGAAGAUACUUUUGUACGAUUUACGAUUACAAAUACGAAAAGAUUACAAUCGCAUGCGUCGCAAUAUAUACCUCUAUGUUGUAGGAAUAUUUUAUAUUUCUUUGCUUUUGUUUAUUUGCAAACAAUUGUUUUGUCUGUACACCCGGUUUGCCUGAUCUAGCCCCGUUCUCGACGAGAGGGGCGAUCAUACGAAGGAUAACAUAUUUUAUCCAGCGCGAGCCCACGGAACGGGCUCGUCACCAAUUGAUUCUAGCAAUACUUUCCAAAGCAUUACGGUCACGUAUGGAAGCAAAAUAAUGCGAUUCAAUAUGCUCAAGAAAUGACAAAACACUGUACGGGUGUUUUAUAUGCUCUGCCAGAUUCAUUAGAACUGGAUACACCCGAUGGAAGGGGGGAAAGCACUAGGAACGACAGAAAUUAAACGUUUGCAAUAAGCCUACCCACAAAACAUACACACAUUAAUGGACCGGAAAAGGUGGAAAUCUUCUCACAUUUGAUUGAUUUAUUGUAAAGACAAAGAGAAAAACAAAUACGAAAAACAUUAGUGCUUCCAAAAAAACAAAACAAAAAAAACAAGUUCAACUCGUUUCAUCCGUUUUCACCGAUUCCCUCACCCAUUCCAAGCAAACUCUUCCCCCUUUUUUUUAUCACGCAUCUCACAUCUAUGCUAUGGAUAUUCUUUUACCCAGCGAAAGUAGAAGUAGGUGCGACCGACACCUAUAUGAUUGACUUAUCAUUAUUACAACAAUUUACAUCAUAUUUGAUAUAUUAUAAAUAUAUAUGCGUACCCUAAUUGAUAAGUUUUACGAGCAUGUGCUAAAAACAUAAAAGUAUGUACGAGUUCGCAACACGGCCGCGUAAACUGUAAACUUUCGCGCAUCGAAAUCAUUCUCUCGCAUCUGCAUUUCGUACACUACAGUUUUGCGUUUUAAUACCGUAAUCGAAAUAAUUCAACAAAAUGAAAUAAAUCACACUAGUAUCUAAUAUUUUCAUUACACAAAAGUUUAGUUUUCCAUAAAAGAAAACCGAUCGCGGUCACCUUAUUCUCUGUCGUUAUCUCGUUCGGGAUAAUUUAGACGUCAGAAGCUACUACCGGUGACAGCUUUUCGGCUAUACAAUUAAAAGGCGAGAGGAACGGUUUUUCAAUGGUGCGCAGGGUGGAACGGUGAACCGGUCACUCCAAUAACACUAAUACACUUACUAGCGGGCGACAUAUGAAGCAUGCUUAAUCAAAUUAUAAUAUUUUAUUACCCACAUUGCUUUCGCUUGUUCGAGUUUGUGACAUUGAUUUCGGCCCGUUUAAAUAAUGGACACGAAAAGCGUUUAAAAAAGAACUGUUCAGUGCUGGGCGUGGGUUAAACAGGUUUAAUAUGCCUCCACGACUUGCACCGUUUCCGCGGUUUUUUUUUUGUUUUUGUUAGGGGCACAUUAGAACAAUCAGCGCAAUAUAUUAUAGAAACAGAACAGAGUAAGAAAAGAAACGUGCAUUUUGUUUGCAAACAGCUAAUACAAGAUUACAAAAAAUAAAAACACCUCGUUUUUACUCGUACACCAAGCAGCCCAAAUUGCAAGCAAGAAGAGAGAAAAAAAAACACGGGAGUGAUGGAGUCGAGCACGAUCCGAACAAAAGCAAAAAAAAAGGAGGAAAGGCAUCCAGGAGUGCACUAACUUACUGUUUAAAAAUCGAGAUGAAAUACAGCAACACAACAGCUAGAAAUUGAAGCAUAAUAUAUGGUAAAAAAGAAGGAAUGCUAGCGAUUACAAUGCGUCUCAAAUGCAUACAAGCGUCAACAUACACACCACGAACACGCGGACACACUCAUUCGUGCCCGUAGGCGUAUUUGUAACGGUGUUGCAGAAGUUAUAGAAAAAAAAGGCAAACGUUUUAGCGAUAUAAUCAAUGUUUUAUCAUUCGUAUGAACCAGAUAUAAUAAACAAGAAAGCAAAGAAGAAAAAGAAAACAAAAACCCAAAAGCAAACACACAUAGCAGCAUAUACGACAGAACAAAAAAACAAAACGAUGAAACAGCGAAAAUGAAUUAGCAUAAUAUAUCAGGUAUUAAAUAAAAUGAUAGAAGAACAACAA